GUCCGCGCAGCGCUCAGUGGCGAUCUUACCGCUAAUCGUUGCGCACCAUACGCGAAAGCUCGACCUCCGAGAUGUCUCGAUCCUACGUAUCGUGCCUAUCGAUCAUCCUGUUGUCCCUGACGAUCGCAAGGUCGGAGGAUGGGGCAACGUGCCAACAAAUAAGCGGUUACUCGGUGUGCCAUCGCAAAGGAACCUUAGUGGACGUCUCUCAGCGAGAGUUCGAGGACAGACUCGAAAUCCACGACCUGAACCUGUUGGCCAUUCGAGAGAACGCCUUCAAGAACUUGACCACCACCCGACUGAGUCUCGGUCUGGGCAAUAAGAUCUCCGUAGCCAAACGCGAGUCGUUUCGCGGCCUGGACAAGUUGGAACGACUAGAUCUGGACAGUAACGCGUUACCUUUGUCCCCGAAUCUGUUCGCCGAACUUGGACAACUUCGCUCGUUGUCUCUCAUCUUCAACAAGAUCAACGAUAUACCCAAAGACUCGUUCGCCGGUCUAUCGAACCUGAUGUGGUUGUAUCUGGGCCACAACGACAUCCAAUCGAUCGACAAAAACUCCUUCUCGGGGUUAUCGUCGUCUCUAUUAUUCCUCUGGUUGAACGACAACAAAAUCGCGAACGUGGAGGCUGGCACUUUCGGUCAGAUGCCGGAACUGAGUCGUCUUCAUUUGGAAAACAAUCAGCUGACCGCCAUUCAACCUGGCACCUUCCGAGGACUUCCCAAAUUGGACGGUCUGUUCCUCGAUCAAAAUCGGCUGAGCAGCAUUUCGAAGAACGAUUUCAAAGGCCUGAUAGGACUGAGGAUUUUGUACCUACAGUCCAAUCAGAUUUCUAACAUCGAGUUCGGAGCUUUCUCGGACUUGGAACAGUUGGAGCAACUGGACCUGAGAAAGAAUCGAUUGUCCAAGAUCGACGCAGGGAUAUUCAACAGAUUAACGAAUCUGAAGAAACUCGACCUGUCCGACAAUUUGAUCGCUACCGUGCAACCGGGUUCGUUCACUGGACUAUCCGCGUUAAAGACUCUGAAUCUAGCGAAUAACAAGUUGACUAAAGUCGAUAGGAAGGACUUUGGACUGACGUCUUUGACGACGCUGUACACGUAAGGGUAUUGUAAUGUCUUAUAGGAGUGUUCGAUGUGGAGCGAACACGAGAGAAUGUACAGUCGCGACAAACAAUCGUGAAUCCUCUGGAAGUUUGAAUUAUUUGUGAAAUACGUUUCGUUUCGUCUGCAUCCAGCAGGAAGAUGGAACGAGCAAUCUAGCGAAGCUUCAAGAUUUUAUCACCUAUUCCGUUUUAUUCUUUAAGAUUCCUAAUUUUGUUAGAUGGACGAUUACGAAUUAAACGAAAUGCGAUUCGAAA